AUGUCAUCAACUACUGAUACAAGACAUCAACUGAAUUUAUCUUCGCAAUCUCAACAACAACAACCAAUUUCAUCAUUAACAAAACUUCUAAAUGAAUCAUCAACUUCUAUUUCAAAGAUUAAUAAUAAUAAUAGUAAUACAAAUAAUAAUACUAUGAAUAAUAAUAAUAACAAUGUCAAAUCACAAAAUUCAAAUCUAACUACAAAUUCACAUUCAAAUUCAAAUUCUAAUUCUAAUUCAAAUUCAACUAUUAUAAAUUCUCAAACUACUACUCCUAUAAUAUCAAAUAAUGAAGAUGAUUCAACAGAUUUAGGUGAUCAUCCAAUACCGAAUAAAUUAGAAAAGCCAAGAAUAAAUACUAAUAUAGAUUUAAAUAAUGGGAAUGAUGAUGAUAAUGGUCCACAAAUUAUUAAUGGAUUUGAUCCUUCACCAAAUACUAAAAUUUCAACUUUUACUCCUGCAUCACCUUUUACAAGACAAUCUUCAAAUUCAUUUAUAAAUAAUCAAUUGUUUCAAAAUUCAAAUAGAGUUGCAUCAAGUCCAAGAUAUUUAAGAAAUAAUUCAAUAAGUCAUUCAUCUUUUUCAAUAAAUAAUGGAGAAAGUUUAUCAACUUCUAUACCAUAUUGUGCACCAGGUGGUAGAAAUAAUUCUAUAGUAAACACAUCAAAUGGUAAUGGUAAUGGAAUAUCAUCAUCAUCAUCAUUAUCAAAAGAAAUGAAUUUUUUACCAACAAAUUCAAAUGAUUCACAUAUUCCAAAUUUGCCUAAUGGUCAAUUUAUAAGUUCUAUUCAUAUACAAUCACCACAAGUUAAUUCAACAAAUAUUGAUUCAAGAUUUGUUAUAUCAAAACAAAGAGUUGCUCAAGCUCAAGCUGCUCAAUUAAGUAAUUCACAAAGAUCAGGUUCACAAUCUGGUUUAUCAUAUUUUUUUUCUUCAAAAAAUAAACCAAAUAAAAAAGAUUCUUCAACUGAUUUAGGUUCAUUUUAUAAUAAUUCAUUUCAAGAUAAUAAUGAAAUUUCAGGGUCUCCUUCAAGUUUUUCAUCAUCAGAUUCUGUUAUAUCAAAUGCUACAUAUAAUGGAGGUGGAAGUUCAAAUCAUAGUAAUAAUAAUGGUAAUGCAAAUGCUCCAUCAAGACAUAAUUCAAUGUCAAAUUUAAAAAGAUUUUUUAAAAAAUCAACACCAACAAGUAAUUCACCAGCAACUUCAAAUUUAUCAUCAUCUUUGAGAUCUACAAAUGGAAAUAUGUCAAAUGCAAUGAGUAUUCCACCACCUUCUCCAACAACAAAUGGAUCUAUAAAUUUUUCAUCUUCAUAUUCAAAUUCACCUGGUUCAUCAAUAACAGUUACUCGUUCAUCAACAUUACAAAAUAAAAUCAAUUAUCAAGAAAGAAGAGGUUCAGUAUCACUGGUUAUAAGUACAAAUAAUCAACAAUUACCAUUUUCAAAAAGGUAUGGUAAAUAUAGUGAAAGUUUAGGAGCAGGUGCAGGAGGAGCAGUCAAAUUAGUUAAUAGAUUAUCAGAUAAUAAGACAUUUGCAGUAAAAGAAUUCAGAACAAAAUAUCAAACUGAAAGUAAAAGAGAUUAUGCUAAAAAAAUAACAGGAGAAUAUUGUAUUGGUUCAACUUUAAAACAUCCAAAUAUUAUAGAAACUGUUGAAAUAUGUUAUGAUAAUGAUCGUAUAUUACAAGUUAUGGAAUAUUGUGAUUAUGAUUUAUUUGCAAUUGUAAUGUCCAAUAAAAUGUCAAGAGAAGAAAUAAAUUGUUGUUUUAAACAAAUUUUAUCAGGUGUUCAUUAUUUACAUUCAAUGGGUUUAGCUCAUAGAGAUUUAAAAUUAGAUAAUUGUGUUAUUGAUAAAAGAGGAAUUGUUAAAAUUAUAGAUUUUGGUUCAGCAGUUGUAUUUUCUUAUCCUUUUAGUAAAACAUUAAUUGAAUCUCAAGGAAUAGUUGGUUCAGAUCCAUAUUUAGCACCAGAAGUUUGUGUAUUUAAUAAAUAUGAUCCAAGACCAGUUGAUGUUUGGUCAGCUGCUAUAAUAUUUUGUUGUAUGAUGCUUAAAAAAUUUCCUUGGAAAGUUCCUAAAUUAUCUGAUUCAAGUUUUAAAUUAUUUGCUUCAAGAGGUGAAUUUAUUCCUAUUUCAGAAAUGUUGAAGAAAACACCACAAGAUUUUGAAAAUUCAACAAGUAAUGGUUCAUCAAGUGGUUUAAGUAAUUUAGAUGAUAUAAGUGAAGCUUUGGAAGAAGAUAUUACAGCUAAAAAACCAACAACAACCACCACCAAAAACACCAAUGAAAAAGAUGCAAAAGAUCAUACUUCAAGUGAGACAGGAGUAAACAGAUUAUUAUUAGCAUUACCAGAAGACUGUAGAAAAUUAAUUGGUCGUAUGGUUGAAUUAGCACCAGCAUGUAGAAUAACAAUUGAUGAAGUAUUGGAAGAUUCUUGGUUAAAAUCAGUUUGUAUGUGUACAGUUGAAGAAACUAGUGAAAAUAGUGGUGUUUUUGAAGUUAUUAAAUGUGAAGAUCAUGAACAUACUCAAGUUGAUCAAUCAAAAGCUCAUAUUGCAGCAUUUGAAAAGAAAAAGAAAUAG